AUGGCAGAACCAUUCAGUCUGGCAACCGGCGCCAUCCAAGUCGCCGGCGCCGGGCUCCAGCUGGCCAAAACACUCUACGAAUUCAUCGAUACUGUCAAGACUGCGCACAAACAUAUCAAUACAAUAGCUGUCGAGGUCAAGCUAACCUCUUCCGUACUGCAACAUCUCGGGACGCUCUUGAAGGAUCACGAGAGCGAGAAGCUAUGUUCUGCCGCCAUCGUCGCCGACGCUGGAUCAGCCUUCAAAGGCUGUGGAGAUGCUUUUCGCGAGAUUGACGAAGCUUUUAGGCCUAUGAUCAGACAAGCAAGCAGCAGGGCGACAGGGCUGUCAAUAUCCGCACUAUGGGCAUGGCCGCUCAAGAAGGGCAAGCUGGAGACCCUGCAGGCGAAUCUGGAGCGCUUGAAGACGACUUUGUUGCUGAUGUUGUCGGUCGUUAGCUAUGCUAGAGAGAAGAAAACGAGAUCAAUCGACCUCACGGCCGAGAAGCUACAGAUGUUGAACCUGAUGAAGGCGAAGGACGAUGCCACCAAGCGCCACGAGGAGCUCAUGCUCCAAUUCGCCGACUUGCAAAGAGAUGCACUUGCUGCGCAGGAGACUGGACCUCGGAUUCCAUCGGCACCGAGGAUGUCUCCGCCGCCUCUAGAUUUCCUCAAUCUUCCAUCGCCAGCAACCAAUGUUGCCAGGAGCACCAGUUCAAAUACUCAGCCGCCCCUACCUACUUGCUUCCAUCCAGGGUACCCUUACUCGCCUUCGUACACGGGCUCAACCGACUCAGCCUCAGAUGCUAGCCAUGGCCAGGUUCAGCAGCUCCUGGUAGAGUGCGCACGCGUCGCCUCCCAGCUGUCGCUGUCGAUCAACAAAGCUUCCAUGGACUGGAUGACGUUUCAGAAGCUGGACGCUUCCCAUAUCCGCGUCCAAAUCGAGAGAUUGACGCCCAUGGUGACUCGGGUGUAUGCACAUGAACAGGAGGCCAGACGUUGUCUCCAAGCCGCCAUAAUAACGCUAUCUCCAGCUCUUGCAUGUGCUGCUCCUGGCAUGGGCUGUCAGUACCCACCGCCCACCACUACAGUGCCUUUUGCGGCUGCUAGAAACAGGCCCCAAACACGUGCACCAAAUGAUAGUACUGACGGCCGCCAAAGCGCGGAUGUACCCCCUUCUAACUCUUCGGAUUCACAAGUCAGGCAGGCCUCGAAGAAAUCUGCAUCAUCCAAGAUGUACGGCGAAUACCGAUUGCACGGCCUCCCUCUGAUUCCGUCUCAUACCGACCGGGAGGAUGGCACGCCUCACGAGCGUCCUGAAGCGCGAACCGCGCGAUUCAGCCCUAUCCGUGCAGGCGGCAGCGUGGCCAGCUAUCCCAUUGAGCGAAAAGGGCACAGGGUAGCGAGUGGCAGUCUGAGCGACAAUGCCCACAAGAGGCGGAAAGGCAACAAUGAGGCUCCAGAUGCCAGCGUGCUAGACCAUGAUUACCAAGACGUCUUCGACGACGUAAAGGUGCAGCCCGGGCCACUGGUAGAUGACGCCGAAGGUUUCGAGUCCGCAGCUGGCGUUGUCCAUGGAUGUGAGACAGCGGAGCGAUGGACUUUGGAUAGCGUCGAUGAGCUUGUGAGGCGGUGGACGACCAUAGCUGCGUGA